GCCUUGCAUCUGCCAGGACCAACAUGCAUUCCUCCACGGUUUGCGGUUGGAUGUUCCAGAGAGGGGCUAUUCCUUUCGGGGGUGUCAACCCUGUACCAACAAACCAACAACAUUGGGAACUGAGAGUGGGAUCGCUGGAGUGGAACGCUGGUGUCCGGCUUAGGCCCCCCUCAAAAUUACUUUUAAGACGAGUUUCCGUGCUUCUUGUGUCUCGUGCUGUACAACCACAUCCAUCCCCCAAACUUUCCACCCGCCAUGCCUGACAAAAUAGCCACCGAGCAAGACACGAGCAGGCGGGGCCAUUCUGUGUCUGUGGGCAUUCUUCCUGCGCACCAUUGGGCAACACAAGACCCUCCCCCCUUGGAAGAGAUCGAUGAAGAUGACUCGGCCCUUGGCUCUGACACCGCCAGUUCGACUGCCUCGCUCACGUCCAGCAUCUUGCACUACCGCACCCUUCAUGGCCGGAGAUAUCACAGCGAGAGGGGCAACGCCCAGUACUGGGCAAGCAAUGAUGAACAGCAAAAUGAGGCCCUAGAUAUCCUCCACCAUGUGCUCACUCUCUGCACCAAUGGCAAGCUGCAUCAAGCUCCCAUAAAGAAGGGCAUCCAGAAAGCAAUCGACAUUGGGACUGGGACAGGGAUCUGGGCCUUGGACUUUGCAGAUCAAUUCCCCGAUACCGAAGUUAUUGGGACCGAUAUCUCGGCAAUUCAACCUUCGUGGGUGCCCCCGAACUUGAAAUUCGAAAUUGAGGAUUGCACUGGGGAAUGGACCUUUGCGCCCAAUUCCGUCGAUUACGUGCACAUCCGCUGGCUGCUCGGAAGCAUCGCGGACUGGACGGAGCUGUUCAAGCAAGCCUACAGAUGCCUCAAGCCAGGCGGCUAUGUCGAAAGCUUCGAACCAGAUUCGGUGAUGCAGAGCGAUGAUGGGACUGUGAAGGAGACCAGUGCCAUGGGGCAGUGGGGUAAAUUCUUCGAGGAGGGGGGGAAGAAACUUGGGCGGCCCUUCUCUGUCCUUUCCGACAGAUUGCAGAGGAAGGGGAUGGAGGGGGCUGGGUUUGUUGAUAUUGAAGAGUUGGACUUCAAGACACCAUUGGGCAGCUGGCCGCAUGGCCCAAGAGAGAAGGAGAUUGGGCGAUACUCGCGGCUCGUUGCCGACCAAGACACGGAGGGCUUUGUGCUCUUCGCGGCCAAUACAAUAGGUUGGACGAAGGAUGAAAUCAUGGUGUAUGUCAGCCACCUCCGCCGCGAGAUACGCAGCCCAAAGCAUCAUGGGUACUACCAACAGAGAAUUGUAUGGGCUCGAAAGCCAGAGUAGGAGGCUCUCAAACCGAAGACGGAACAUAUCCGAGGACGCUAGUUGGGGCUGAGAAGGGA